CCCUCCGCGUGAGUCUACGGGCUGCCGAGUCCCCGCCCCUCAGGACGGCCGUUGGGCGGCGCGCCGGGGGAAAGAGGAGAGAAGCUGCCGUUGCCGCCGCCGCCGCCGCGCAGGCGCAGAAGGCGCUGCUGUGAGGCGGCCGCCAGAGAGGCCUGGCGCGCUAGGCGCCGGUGUGGGCGAUGCUGCAGAUGCGGGACUCGGUGGAAGGCGUCGGGCCGGGCUCCUGCGAAGGCUCCGGGGGGGCGGCGCUGCUGGUGCCCGCGGCCGAGGCCGACGUGCCCUUCACGCCGACGGGGGAGCUGCCGCCCAGCUCGCCCUCCUCCUCGCUGCUGGCGCAGGCGCCGCCCAGGCAGACCCUGCGGCCCCUCAGCGUCCGAAACCCCACCCGGGGGGGCCGCCUCAAGGAGUACUUCGUCUUCCGGGUGAGGAGGGGGGGGAGGGAGCGGCGGAGGCCACGCCCACCUCCCUGGCGCCCGGGAGCUCCUCUGCGGGUAGACUGCCCCUGUGGCUGGAGGCUCUCUUUGGAGGGAGAGGAGAGAGAAACGGGCACGCGAUUCUGGGCGCGGGUAGGGGGAUAUUCUAGUGGGAAACCGCGGCUUGGAGGCUCUGGAGCGGGAACGGAAGAGAAUCGCCGAAUCGUAGGGACCCUGAGGGUCAUCCAGUCCAACCCCCUUGCAAUGCAGGAAUAUGCAGCUGUCCCACACGGGGAUCGAACCUGGGCCUUUGGUAUCGUCAGCAGCUGAGCUAUCCAAGGGCACAUAAUUUUGGAUGGCGGCAUGGGGAUAUUCGGUGGGGUGGGGUUGUUAGACUGCAGUUAUGGAGAGACGGUGACAGGGAAAUUUACUUUUGAAAGGAAAAUAUAUUUGGGUAGGCCGCCCCUGUGGCUAGAGGCUCUUGUUUGGGAGGGCAGAAGAGAGGAGACCAAAGGACACAUAAUUUUGGGCGGUGAGGAAUAUUUAGCAGGGAGUAGAUUGCAGCUGUGGUGAGAAGACAGACAAGAGAAGGAAAUCAAUUUUCAAGAGAAAGAACGUUAUUCUAGGGGUAGACUGCCCCUGUGGUUGGAAGCUCUGGGAAGCAGACAGGAGAAAGGGGCAUGUAAUUUUUUGGGUGGGGGGGAAUAUCCUGGGGUAGACUGCAAUUGUGUAUGGGGGCUCUGUUAGGGGUGAGAAGAUGUCAAUAUUACUCUAACUGGGGAAAAUUUAUUUCCAUUUUGUUUUAAUUUAGCCAGGAACAAUAGAGCAGGCAGUGAACGAGAUACGAGUGGUGGUGAUGCCCACUGAAGAUGGAGAAGUGCAGAGUGUAUGGCUGCUAACUGAGUAAGUAGCAGGUCUGAUAUGCAGUUUCAGUGGUUUCCCUCCUUUCAUUCUUUCCAACAAAACAGCUGAAACUUAGGAAUGGUGGUUCAAUUAACAUCAGAAAAGCAAGCCAAACUGCAUGCAGAAGAUCUUGUGAUCUGGCAGGAGAAGUCUUUACAAAGUUCUUGACUGCAACCUCUUUAAAAGAAGCACUUGACCAUGCCACCCCCAGGCCUCCCAAAAGCAGGGUGAGAUGUAAACAGAAUGACCAGGCGCAGGAACCAGACUGACUUGUUUUGAUCCAGGCAGUAAGGCAGGGGUGGGAAACCACAAGCCCAGAGGCCAAAGGUGACUCUGCAGGCCUCUCCAUUUGACCCUCAGGACUCCCACAAGCCCCGCUCCUUGCAUGUUCUUGCCUGGCUAGAAUUUUUAUUGACCUAAGAUCUGGACAGGGGUAGAGUACACAGACCUAUUGACUUUUGCAGAGCUGGAAUGUAUGGUUCAAAGAUAAGGAUCAUAUCCAUUGCUCUGCCCACUUUUGCCUCUGCCUUAGAAGGAAAAAGGGUGGCCCGCAAGCAAUGAUUUAGAAGAGGUACUGGUGAAUUAUCACUCCAUACUUCUUGAUUACAGGAUUAGCUAACCAUGCCACAAACCUUUUAGUGUGUAUCUAACUGCAGUAAAAAUAGACUUUCGGUUUAAACUGGGAUGGGCAUGCGUAGGAAUAAUUUAUUUCAUAAAAGCCCUCCUCACUUUAUCAUCUGUGUUUAGUUUAGGGAGAUAAACCAUGCUAACUCAUCUUUAUUUAUUUUUCCCCCUUUCCAGAAUUGAUCACUGGAACAAUGAGAAGGAGCGCUUGGUUCUCAUUACUGAUUGGUCCCUUUUGAUCUGUAAAUAUGACUUCAUCAGCCUGCAGUGCCAGCAAGUGACCAGAAUAUCACUUAACGCCGUUGAUACAAUUUCCAUUGGAGAAUUUGAGUUUCCUCCUAAAUCACUGAACAAGUGGGUUCUGAUUCUGUUUCCUGUUCUUUGUUUUGUCUAUUUUGUAAAUCCCACUGCAUUAUAGAAGACUUGCAGUUGUUAGGUCCUGUCUUCUAGUAGAUAUGGACUAUAGAAGCUUUUUGAUUAAGCUUCUAGCUUCCAGAUCUCCAUUUAAGCUCCUCAUGCAUCUUUAAUUACUACAAAAACUAUCAGGUUUCACAGUGUAACAUAUUUUUAUAUAGGCUGUGUGUCAUUGCUUUCCCAUAAAACAGUUUAAAUGGUUGAAGGGUUCACAGAAACUGCAUGGCUGAAGGGGGAGCUUGAGUGAGCACACAAUCUUUCCCUUUUUCAGACGAGAAGGCUUUGGAAUCAGAGUCCAGUGGGAUAAACAAAGCCGUGCCUCCUUCAUAAAUAGAUGGAACCCAUGGUCCACAAAUGUGCCAUAUGCCACCUUCACAGAACAUCCGAUGGCUGAUGCUGAUGAAAAGAUUGCAUCUCUUUGUCAAGUAAGGUGUUGCCAUAUGUACGUUCUUUGGGUGACUUUAGUCAAGGUCAAGUUCUUUAGGUAGAAAUCAUAACAGAACUUUAGUAAGGUACCACUGUACAUAAGACAGACCAGCAUCCUACACUUUGUCCUUUCUGAGGGUUUGAUGGAAGUGUAAAGGCUUGAUUUGGAGGAGGAGCUGGGAUUGAUUUUAGCUGCCUUAAUAUUAUUCUCCAUUGCUACUGACCCCUUCUCCACUGGCCUUUUAAAAAAAUAAUGUGUGUCUUCUCUUUGGUUUUCUUAGCACAAAAUCCACACAUCUAAGCAUACAUGCAAAGGACAGUUGUUUGAUUUACUUCCAAAAAAGGUUGACAAGAGUUUGCAGUAGACAACUUGAUGCCAACUGAAAGGUCUUGAGACUUUCAAAUAUAUAAAUUUGUAGGUACAUCUAAGGUUCUGGACCCAUCCUGUAUGGGUCAUUCUUUUAUACUGCAGACACUCUUGCUAUGCCAACAAACUGCUCUUGAGAGUCCUCAUGGUUUCAAAAGUAACUUGCCAUAUGGCACGGAGGGAUGCUGUUUGAGAAACAAGCCCUAUUCCAAAGUCCCAUUGGCUGUGCUAAUUGUAUGGCUUCUUCCAUCCUUCUGUUAUGGAGUUAGAAUGAAACCUGUUAUUUCAUGGCACACUUCUGGUGAGGGGUUUUAAAAAGCGCUUGAGCCAUUUGCAGUUAGUUGUUCACGGAUACAGAAGUUCUGCAGUGUUGGUUUUCUGACUAUCCAGUAUAAUUAACAGGUAUGGUUUGUGUUUGUUUUUAAGUUGGAGAACUUCAAAACUCAACUGAUCCAAGCUGUGAAGAAGGCCCACAAGGAGUGCCCUCUGCCUGGGAGGGCAAAUGGAGUUCUGCUGCUGGAGCGCCCUCUUCUCAUUGAGACCUAUGUGGGAUUAAUGUCUUUCAUCAAUAAUGAGGCCAAGUUGGGCUAUUCAAUGACAAGAGGCAAAAUUGGAUUUUAAAAGUCUGCUUCCAAAGAAAGGGUGGAGAGAUCACUGCCUAUCAGCUCCCUGGAAGAAGAGAGAGAGAGAGAAGAACAUAUAGAGGAGUUUCCAGCUCAUCUAACAAGUCUUGCUUGUCAUAAAAUUCAUUUGGUGAGUCAAAUAAAUAUUCCAGUGAAAAGUUCUUUCCCUCCGUCAGUGUGUCUCAAGUAAGCCACCUGUAUAUUUUGAAGCAUGGUUUCAUUUUUAACUCUUAUCAGUAAACAUAUUACUUUUGCAAGUGUCAUAUUUACGUAUGAUUGAGGUUCUGUUUUGCAGGGAUAAAAGUUCUCUCUCUCUUCAUUUAAAGAGAGCACCUGUCGGUUUGACAGGUUGUGAACUGUUUUGCUAAUGUGAUUAUUUUGUCAGAACCCAAGUUAUUUUCUGUUAAUCUUUGGAGACUGCACAUUUCAGUGGAAAUGUGGUUGAGUGAUGGUAGUUGCCUUUAAUAACCUUCUAUAGUCAGAUGCAAAUGCAUCUAGCUACAGCUUCUCGUUGCAGUCAGAUAUCCAAAGAAGUCUCACUGUGAACACACAAGCAGCAGUGUCUGAUUUUUAUAUUAACUUUUGCCACAUGGGAUCAAGUUUUUUUUUAUCUUACAAGAAAAGGGAAUUUUUGAUUAGCUUUCUACUUUGUUUUAAUCUAAACUAGAUGAAUAGCACCAAAGUACCUCUCUAAUAAGAGGGCUAGGAGAAAAGACUAUGGACAUUUCCUUAAAACUAGACAAACCUGUAUCUCUUAAAAGUCAAGUAUAUAGAGACUUUCUGCUCUAUUGCAUGAAUAAUGUUCUGUGGCUGGGAUCCAAAGGGCCAUGUGAGGUUUGUGCAUAAGGAUUUAUCGGAAACUCCUCAUAUCCUUCCUCCAAAAAGGUACCCCAAAAGGUCACAGAUCUUUCCAGGUGGCAUUCGAUGAGAUAAGAUGCUGCCAGAAGGGAGGAAAUAGCAACCAUGCCAAACCUCCCAGUGCCUGCACAUGAGCUUUGGCUCCCGGCCUGUGUCACCUUUGCUGGUUGAAUCUUUCUAUGCUUACUGAAAGUUUGUCACUAAUAUGCAAGAAAUCCUGCUUUGGUACUGGUAAUCCAAUGUUUUAUAGUGCUUAUUUCUCUGAACCAUUUUUUUCUCUCUCUGAAAAUUUGUGUCAAAAUAUAUGGUGCUGGAAUGGAACCGAAUGCAUGACCUUUUUUUGUCUUAAGCAAGGUAUAUUUAAGCUUAAUAAACUUGAAGUAAAUGUGAAUCUUAACUGUUAUUUAUUCCUUGUGGCUGGGUCAAAGGUCGGGCAGGGAGGAGCAAACAAUUGUUUAAUUGAGAGCCAGUGUGGUGUAAUGGUUAAGAGUGGUAAUCUUGUAAUCUGGGGAACAGGGUUCGCGUCUCCACUCCUCCACAUGCAGCUGCUGGGUGACCUUGGGCUAGUCACACUUCUUUGAAGUCUCUCAGCCCCACUCACCUCACAGAGUGUUUGUUGUGGGGGAGGAAGGGAAAGGAGAAUGUUAGCCACUUUGAGACUCCUAAAAGGGAGUGAAAGGCGGGAUAUCAAAUCCAAACUCCUCUUCUUCUUCUUCUUCUUCUAAUGGAAGGGAAACAAGUAAAACACACACACACUUUUUACAUUGGGUGCUGCCAGUGGCCUUGUUACACUAUUUUGUAUACCAAAGAAAAGCAUUUUUAACCUAAAGCCCUUAUCGUAAUUCAUUAGACCAGCUAACAUAAUUACAAAAUGGUGUGCAGGGUUUCGUUGACAGACCUCUUUGUCCAACUAUAUUAUAAAAAUAGGGGGGAGGGGCAGAAUUGGCUGGUACUGUUCCCAUCUGUGUCUGCAUCUGGUAACAGCCUUAAGGUAGAGAGUGGGAGGGGGUAGCAGGCAUUCAAAUGAGGUUUUGUUAAGAGUAGUUCGUGUAGUACCAAGACGUACUAGGAAGAACAAACUGUCUGGAGAUUUUAGGCUGUACGCUAAGUAUAAAAAAAAAAUCAAAACUAAUUGGGUAGCUUUACUUAACAAACAGGUAGAUGUUGGCAGCUGCUAAUAUACAAACUGCCUAGCUGUUCUUCAUUUCUGUUUUCCACUUACGAAGGAACUGCAGCGGAGGCAUGGGGUGGAAUCAAAUGAGCACUGUGCUCCUUGCUCUUGAUCCAAGCAGUUCUGUGUUUUCUAAGUCAACCAACAGGACAACAAGCAGCUCUUCUAUCCAAAUUGUUGCCUUGGUUAUCAUUGACUGCAUCCGUAACAGUGAGUGGAAACCUCAGUAAAGGACUGAAGGGGCAGGUGCCAGGGCCCUUGAAAACUGGCCAAAUCCUGCUUCAGGCAGACCGCUUCUGGGAACAUUUCAGGUGCUGAGUUUAACCUGAGAGCUUUCCCUUUAUAAGUCAGCACUGCACACCUUCAUUCAAUUUUUUGUUUUCAUAGGCGACAGCACAUACUGUUCAUACUCUGAAGAAUGAAAAAAAUGGCAGCCUUGUAGCCAUGUUUUAAUAAUGCAUUAUGUAACAAAAAUGUUUUAUUUUAUUUUCAAAAUAAACUAAGUAGUUUACACACU